AUGCACUUAAACAUCUGCCUUUCAACCUUAUUCUUUGUCCUUCUGCAAUACCUCAGUGAAUCAUCGCACAUGCAUCGACAGCACGUGAAUACAACUCGGGACGUUAAUACAACAGGUAAGAGUUAAUGGGAAAUCGUUGUGGUCAAGUCCUAUUUUGAUGGCGAUAUCGGAGUUGAAGUAGAUCCCAAGUAAAUAUAAACCAAGAACAAGGUUUGAUAACGUUUUCCGAUAGGCGGUUUUCUUCCUUUUUGUGGAAGAAAUUUUAACUCUACAGUGAGGGACCUGAUCCAGUGGCAAAACACAUGUCAUUUUGCGUCCGGGAAGUAUCAAAAAUGUGGCAAAAUGCCUCCCUCUUUAAGUGAAAAAAUCCGUUUUGAAGGGUACCUCAAAAAAACAGAUUUUUCCCAUAAAAAGAGCGGGCGCGCUUUCGAAAUAGGAGUUUUUUCACUUGGAGAUUGAAGCAUUUUGCCACAUUUUUAAUGCUUCCCGGAUGCCAAAUGAUCCGUAAAUGGCACGUUUUUUACCACUGGAUCGGGCCCGUCACUGUACGAUAGAAAGCGGUCAGAAACUUUCCAGAAUUUGCUAACCCACAAGCUUUGCUUAACAAUGCCGCAUCCAAAAAACAUACCUCUAUUAAAAAGCUCACAUCGAUCUUUUAGAAUGUGCUUCAAGACGUUUGCUGGGCUCGUUAUUUGAAUCAUACGACAAAAGAAUUCGACCGUAUGCCGAUCGCCGGGUUGCCGUUAGAGUCCACAUGACCAUCGUACUUGGAAUUUUAAUCGAAAUGGUACGAAAACCAAACCCUUCAUAAAUCCAGUGAAAUUUUUAGAGAGAAAACGAACAAGUAGCGGCGUAUGUGAUUUCACAUAUUCAAGUAAGUGGCGGCGUCAUGUCAACUAUUACGUUGGUGUUUUAGAGAUGGCACGAUCCGAAACUCGCAUGGAAUCCGUCGGAAUACAACGGGACGAAAGAGCUGAUUAUCCCACAAUCCAUGGUGUGGCUGCCGAAAAUGUUCGUAUAUAACAGGUAAAUGGUUCAAAAAUACCCUGCUGUAGGAUGUCAGUUUUGCACAGAAGCAAAAUACAAAUGGGAAAAUUGAAAAUUUCCGUACUAGGCGUGCCAAAAAGUCUGGAUAUGUCUCUACAGCACACUUAUGCUGACAAGGGAAGUACCCCAAGUGCGACAUUCAGAUUUUCUCUAAAUUUUGCACACAUGUCGGUCAUGAACUAAGUAUCAAUUCCUGAAAGUUUUAGCUUGCGCUUUGCAAGCACCACCGAUAUAUUGAAUAUUGAUUUUUUGUGGAAACAUUACUCUCUAUGGUAUAAAUAGGCACGAAAAUUUUCGUGCCGAAAUUCGGCAAAAAGUGUCAAAUCUUCGCAAACUUUCGAUCUAAAAAUCUCGGUUGUUUCUAAAAAGCGCAAGCUAUAAUUCUCGCAUAUAUAAUAUUUUAGAAACAAUUAUUCUAAAUUUGUGCCAAGUUUCAUCAAAAUAUGAGCGCCGCACUUGGGGUACUUCCCCUGUGAGCGAUUGAAACUGCGGUUUUCUGACGUUUCUUCCGCGUCAGGAUUUUUUUUUUUGGCACACCUAGAACUUACGCAAAAUUUAGGUAAAGUUUAAACAUCCAAAUCCCAAAAAUUCCCUUGUAAAUUCUUUCAACACAACUUCAAGAUAUUUGACUCUUGUCGCAUAAAAAAGAUCUCGUUUAGUAUGGACACUAAGGACAUGCUCACCGACGACAAGUAUGAUGUCCGAGUCCAAGCGGAUGGAAGAGUCAAAAUCAAUAUUCCUCAAUAUGUCACCUGCAUUUGCCGCUUAUAUAUUGAACAGUUUCCAUUUGACACUCAAUAUUGCGCCGUUGCAUUGGCAUCACCGCUGCUGACGACCGCGGAAAUGGACGUGUUUUCUCAUCCGCCGCCAAAGGACUCGUAUUUCUCUGUAAGCUUUUUAAUAUGUGAUUCUUACACUGGAUUGCCUUUACAAAGAUGGUAAUGCAAUUUGCGAUACGAUUUUAAUUUUUAGGGCAAUGCGGAAUGGCAUUUGACAAACGUCUCAGUUCGGCACAUGAGCUUCCUAGAAGAAGGAGAAUACCGCGCCGAGGUAAGUGUUUCGUCCGGUGAAAGAUGUCUUCAUAUUGAAAUUUCAGGUCCACUACAUCUUUCAGCUUCGUCGCCGCCCCGUCUUCUACAUCACUGUCAUUGUAGUCCCGAUUUUUCUCAUAUCAGCGUUGAGUAUUUUGGGAAUUUUUACCCCAAGUGUCGAUAAUGGACCUAGAAAUGAGAAGGUAUGAUGGUUGGAUACAAAUACAGUGCCGGACCUGAUCCAGUGGCAAAAAACGUAUCAUUUUGCAUCCGGGAAGUAUCAAAAAUGUAGCAAAAUACCUCCCUGUUCAAGUGAAAAAAUCAGAUUUCAAAAGCCCGUGCGUUGUUUUUGUGAGAGGAAUGGCGCGCCCUACGAAACGGUGUUUUUUGUUAGUUGGAGAGGAGGCAUUUUGCUACAUUUUUUCAUACUUCCGGGAUGCAAAAUGAUACGUUUUUUGCCACCGGAUCAGGCCCCCUACUGAAGAGAAUAUGGCACGUCAAACUGAGAAGUCUGGUGAUCGGAAGAGACUCCGCUACCACAUUUUGUCUUGAUUUCACAGAGAAGACAGAGAAAAGAAGCGCUAAACGUAGUCUCUCGUGCAAAAAAUUCCCCAUUUAUUCCCUGAAAAAAGAUUUUUCACGCCUUUUUUUGGCAAAUCCAUUCAUCGGACCAUCUCAGCUUGUAGUGGGGGACCUGAUCAACUGGCAAAAAACGUACUAUUCUGCAUUCGGGAAGCAUCAAAAAUGUGACAAAAUUCUUCCUCUCCAAGAGAAAAAACUUCGUUUUGAAGGGCGCGCCCUUUCCCUCACGAAAAGAGCGGGCGCGCGUUUGAAAUCGGAGUUUUUUCACUUGGAGAAGGAGGUAUUUUGCGACAUUUUUGAUACUUCCCGGAUGCAAAAUGGUACGUUUUUUGCCACCGGGUCAGGCCACUUACUGUAGAGCAAAUGGCCAUUUGCAUCAUUGCCCAGGUUCCCAUCUUAACCGAUCUUUCUUGGCAAAGCAUGAAAGAAACGAUUUCCAGACCCGCUCCCUAAUCUUCCCUCUGAUUUCAGGUCUCCCUUGGCCUGGGCUCCCUCCUUUCGAUGACCGUCAUCCUCGGGAUCCUGGCCAGCGCGAUGCCGAAGAGCAACUCGAUCCCCCUCCUUGGCUACUACAUCCUGGUCGUCAUCAUCCUGUGCGCGUUGGCCGUGGGCCUCUCAAUGUGCCUUCUGACAAUGAGCCGAAAACUGGUGGAGCGCUCUCGAGUACCCUCACAAUUUACAUAUCGCAUAAUGUUUCUGCUCCCCAAAAACUUUACGGUCAAAAGUGUGCCACGGCAUUCGAUUUUCCGGCCCUCCUUUUCGCUGCAUGUGAAUAAUACGAGCAGCGUGACGAUGGCGAACGGAAGCCUAAAGAAUGUUGAAGUGAAUUCGCUGAAGAAGGAGCGGAUCAGAGACCCGUUGAUGAGACAGGCGAACAGUGUGGACAGCCCGUCGGAGAGUGGGUAAGCAAGAUUUCGGCCAAAUUUUGAAGGCGAUUUGAGUUGAAAUUUUCGAUUCUUCACAAAUAACAUGAAUAGUAAAAUGGGGGACCUGGUCCAGUGGCAAAAAACGUACCAUUGUGCAUCCAGGAAGCAUCAAAAAAUGUGAUAAAAUACCUCCUUCUACAGGUGAAAGAACACAGAUUUCAAAAGCCCACCCGCUCUUUUUGAGAGGAAAAAGGGCGCCCCUUCAAAACGAAGGUCUUUCACUUGAAGAGGGAAGCAUUUUGCGACAUUUUUGAUACUUCCCGUAUGCAACAUGGCACGUUUUUUUGCCACUGGAUCAGGUCCCCCACUGUACGUAUAAGCCGGUAAAUUUACAUUUCAGAUUUCAAUUUGACGAUCUCAACAAAAUCUACCGGCUAGUUCGGUAUUUGGCGGAAGAGAACCGAUCGUUAAAGCGGAAGAAUGAGCGGAAAAAAAUGCGAGAAGCGGUAGGAAUAACUUUUGCAUAAAGCAUGAAUGUCCCCUACUCUGACGAUUCUAAAAAAUUUCAGAUUGAAAAAGAAUGGAGUCGGGUGUUCAGCCGGCUGGAUUACAUGUUGCUUAUCGUUUUCCAAGCUCUGAACGGGAUGGCGCUUUUGUUUUUCCUUCAGUUUGCGUGGGCCCCGCCUCCGCCAAUCCGAGAGCCGUUGGUGUGA